UCGUGCGGCAAACGAAAGGGUUUAUAUAGGAGAACGCUUGGCAAGCACUUUAAUAAGCAGAGACCCACCGAGUGAAAAGUUAAUGAUUGUGAAAUAAUAUAUGACAGAAAAAUAAUCAGUCAAUCCGAAAUAAAGUUACUGUCAUUUCUUUUGAUUGUGGAAAUAAAAUAUAGGAGAAAAAAGAAAAAUGCAAAUAUCGUCAUUAUUUUGGUUGCUAUUUAUAAUUGUAACAUUAGUAAUUAUACUGAUUUUUAUCCAGCGGACUAAUGCAUACUUUAACAAAAAUCCGACUAAUGGACAAAGUGACAUUACCACCAAUGAACCGAUAAAUAGUGUUGAAUCAUCUAUCUUUAAUUUACUUGUUGAAACGAUAAUCAAAAUUUGUCAUAAAUAUGACGAAGUACCAUUUUCACCUUGUGGAAUCCAAGUCAAUGGCGACAUGCAACCCAAGCCUGAAGCACCCAUUAAAAAAAAUGCGACUAAUGGACAAAGUAACAGUACCACAAAUGAACCGAUAAAUAGUUUAGAAUCAGCAAAUUCUAAAUUACCAGUUAAACCGAUAACUAAAAGUUUGGAUAAAUAUCACGAAAAACAAUGUUUAUCUUGUGGAAUCAAAGUCAUUGAUGAUAUGGGCGACAAAUCGCCAAUUUUGAUGGAACCCAAUCAAUUUGAAUACUUGCUACCCAGUUCAAGUGGUGAAAUUGCCUUGCGCCCUGGUCAGUGGGUGCUACUGCUCUGCGCUGAUGGAUUUGCAGAACGGUUCGACGGACAGACUCUGCUGGCGCAAUAUAUCGGCGAAAAAAAUUUUAUUAUAAAAAAUCAAGUACGUAAUUUCUCAAAUAUUUUUUUUAAUUUUCUUAUAAAAAAUAAAAUAGCAAAUUUCUCAAAUAGAUUUUCAAAAUUUCUUAUAAAAAAUAAAAUAAUAAAUUUCUCAAAUAAAUUUUCGAAUUUUAUUAUAAAAAAUAAAAUAGUAAUUUUCUCAUAUAAAUUUUUAAAUUUUCUUAUUAAAAACAAAAUAGUCAAUUUCUCAAAUAAAUUUUCACAAUGUCUUUUAAAAAAGGAAAUAGUAAAUUUCUUAAAAAAAAAAUUAAGAUUUUUUAUAAAAAAUAUAAUAGUUAACUUUUCAAAAAUCAUGUGCAAAACAACUUCAACCCCUACACCAUUACGAACGGGACUUUGCUGCAGCGGCGAAGGCACCGAAUGGAUUUAUAUCGGAAAUAAAUUCAAUGAUUCAUUCCUAAUAACAAUGAAAGUGUGUUUUGACAAAAUUCGCCAAACCACUCUUUACGUUGAACACAAAAUAACUCCGGGAGGUAUUCACUACCGAAAACAUGUGCCGCGUAAAAACUUCACUUGCGAUGAUUUCUUUGGUGGUAGAAACAUUGACCCUCUUUACAGAAGUUCCAAACAAAUAAAGGCACUCAAACGUAUACUUGGAAAGGAUGUUUCGAUUUACGUGACAGCCAAAAAUUACCUGUCCCGUGGCCACUUGGUUGCCAAAGCUGACUUGAUAUUCAGUGGCCAACAAAAGUCCACUUUUUAUUAUGUGAAUGUAGUGCCACAAUGGCAGUCCUUCAAUGCCGGUAACUGGUCGCGCAUUGAGGAUGGAGUCCGUCAGUUCGCUCAUGACAGUAAUAGUACCCUACUCUGCUGGACUGGUACCUGGGGUGUUUGCACUUUGCCAGACGUAAACAAUAUACAACAGGAGUUAUACCUAGGGGACAAGAAUAAUGUCAUAAGAGUGCCGAAACUAUUUUACCGCAUUGUUAUCGAUGCUGAGUCUCGUAAAGGUAUCACUUUCGUAGGGGUGAAUAACCCUUAUGUGGCAAUUGAAGAACUGACAAUCGGAGGAUAUCUGAUUGGAGAGGAUAUAUCACACAAUAUUAAUUGGAUUAACUGGGAGAGGCAAAAUAUCGAGAAGGGUUACUGUUAUGCGUGUUCAGUACCAGACUUUGUAGAGGUCGUUAAAGGUUUGCCGUUGGUUGACUUAGAGACGACCGGAAUUUUGGGAUUGAAGGAAUAGCUAGUAUCAGAAUCUUUUUCGAUAAUAAUUAUAACCUCAAUAAUAUUUUUUUUAUACAAACUUAUUGAAAAAAAAAAUAAAUUUUAUUCUGCAUUAAGUGCGUGUGCC